GAAUCUCAGCGCUGACGUUUUGGGGAGGCAUGAUGGACAAGCUGGGCUGGAUCUGCCUCUCCCUUGCCAGUCUCUCUGGCCCACUCUGGGCAAUCCCUGUGGCCAGUGAAGGGUCCUACUGGCUCCCAGCCACUGAUGAAGAUGCCAGGAUAACUCUGGAGGCCCUGAGCAGCAGGAACAGAGGGUCCUCCCUCAUGCAGACCCCACAGGGAUUAGUGGGAGCACAGAUGGAAGACACUCUGAGGAAAGCAGGUCUCCACCCCAGAGGCUUUAUGCCAUCGAGGGAAAAUGUCAAAGAGGUACUCUUCGGAAACCUCCCCCAGAACACGCUGCUGAGCCGCUUGCUAGCCACAGACAGGAAGCAGUACAAGAAGCGUGGCAACCUCUCCGAAUGUUUCUGGAAAUACUGUGUGUAACUGAUGGCUGGAAGCGGCUGAUGGCCAACUGGACACCCCCCCCGCCCAUUCUAGCUCCUUUAUUUAUGUCAUCAAGAAGAAUCCUAGAACCCUGCAUAUAGAUUUGUCCAUAUUUAAAAGAUUAAAAUAAAGAAUUGUGAAGCUGGCAAAAACAAAUCACACUCCAGACCACAACCUCUAUGAUCCUUGCUGUUUGCGAGAGGAAUAAAUCCUAUCUGGUUUGCUAA